AUGGUGCUCUACCAUUUAUCGCACAACCUAUACCCCCAAUCUGAUGCCGCAUUUCCAAGGAUAUUCGACCCUAUCAAAUCGUACACAAAGUCGGCCUUCAACAAGGAAUUCGAAUUUUGCCUUGAAGAUGGCCACAUGCCUGAAGGGGCAAAGGCCUACUGGGAUGCGCUUUGGGCCAAGUCUCAGCCACGCCUCAUUGAUGAUGCCACCCAGUUUGAUGGCGCAUCAAUAGACAAUGCCCGAUCGCAUUUUGAAGCCUGGACUUCUGAGCAGAAGAUGCAAGAUAGGUUUCCCAGCUACAGGAUGUUUAUUUUGGUUGAUGAGGAAAGCCUUCAGACGCUACUAACUACACCCAUCCCGGAGGGCUUGGGGUGGAAUAAGGAGCGAUGGAAACACUACGUGAAGCUCGUCGAGGCAUGGCAGGAGUCUGAUUCACCGUACAUGGGGUGGAUGAAGUAUUCUUUAGAAGGAAUCUGGAGCUUGUGGGCGAAUAUGGAAGACGGAUGUUAUAUGCGGAGUAGUUUUAUGAUGGUUCAUGACUACCGAGAUGUGUACUGA